AUGCGCGAAAAGCUCUUCACCCUCAAACGCCCGCGCAUGCGCCAAUCCUGGUCCAAAUGGAACCUGUACAACCUCACCCGCCAGCGGCCCCCGCGCCUCGAGCGCCGCACCUUCUUCCAGCAGAAGUGGACCUCCAAGGCCGAGACGCGCGCCUACCACGGCGAGUACCUGACGGCGCGCCAAUGGCAGACCAUGUUCCGGCGCACGCUCAAGGCCGUCGUGCCCAUGUACAGCGUUGACCUUGCCGAGCACAGCGGCGCGCACAUGGCUGCUGGCCGCGGCGCCGGCGUCGGCGCGGACCAGGGCGUGGGUGUGCAGGCCGUGCCGUAUAUGAGCCAGCUGUAUUGGCCCAUGGAGAGGCGGCUGGAUAUUGCGUGUUAUCGAGCCAUGUUUGCGGCGAGUCCGAGGAUGGCGAGGCAGUUUGUGAUUCAUGGGUUUGUGAAGGUGAAUGGGAAGAAGAUGACGCAUCCGAACUACAUGCUCAACCCCGGCGACAUGUUCUCCGUCGACCAGACCAAGGUCCUCUACGCCACCGGCGCCCCCAAAAUCGGCACCGGCAAGUCCGCCUCUGAAUUCACCGAGUCCGAGUCCGAGUCCGAGUCCACCGAGACCCCCGAAGACGCCGCCGCCGCCUCCGAAUCCCCCGAACCCUCUGAAUCCGCCGAGGCCUCCGCCUCCUCCGCUGAGGCCCCCGACCCCGUGACCCCCGACGAGGCCCUCGCCGCCCUCUCUCUCGACACCCCCUCCUCCUCCCACAAGAAAGGCGACCCCAACAACCCCAUCGACUACAGCAAGCCCUACGCCACCCCGUGGCGGCCAAGAGACUACCUCCCGCCCUUCGCGUUCAUCCCAAAGUACCUCGAGGUCAACCACAACACGUGCCACGCCGUGUAUCUGCGCCACCCCGUGGCGAGGCCCGGGCAGACGGAGGUGCCGUCGCCGUUUGGGCCUGAGGUCAUGCAGUUGGCGUUUAAUUGGUUCUUGAGGAGGAGGUAG